CCUCCCGCCCUCCCGCCCGGGCCGGGGCCGGGGCCCGCGCCCGCGCCUGCGAGGCCGCUCUCGCAGCGGGCCGGGGAGCGGGCGCGGGGCCGCGGCGCGGCUCUUUGUGCGCCGGGCUGAGGAGCGGCGGGACGCGGGCCAGGCCGCCUCCCGCUCGCCGCCGCUGAGCUCCGGGCCCGGGGCCGAGGAGGGGCCGCGGGGCUGCGUCCGGGCCCCGCUCUCGGCGGCGUCCCGGCUCGGCUCCAUUUUGUGCGAGUCCCGUAGCCCCGUAGCCCUGGCCCCGUAGCCCCAGCCGCCGCGCGGGUCCCCGGGGGCGCCCCCCUCCCUCCCGCGGUGCUGUGGCGGGGUCCCGCGCUUUGUCUGCCCGCACACCCCGGGGGCCGCGCGGCGGGCGGGAGGCAGGCUUUGGGCGCGGGGCCGGGGCGGCCGGGGGAGUCGAGGGAUGCGCGCCGGGGGCGGCCUCUCGGCGCUCGUUGGGCUGACAGCUCGGCCGGACCGGGCCGUGGGGCCGGGGGCCACCCGGGCACCUGCGUGGGGAGGAAGGCAUGGCUUUGGCUUCCCCGCAGUCUGGUUUGCGCGUAAAGAAUGCAGCCAUCUGGCGGCUUGCGGUCCCUGGACUUACCCCGAAGGUUGAAAUAGCAAAGAUUAGACGCCUUUUUAGACAGGUGUUCUUCAACACCACUGACAACACGGUUCUGAUAGUAUUUCAUGACAAAGCCCUGGGAGGUUAAGUCUUCUCACCCAGCUUGUUCAAGGUCUCAUGGUUAUGUAACAUUUGUCUUCCCUGCAAGCUGAGGACAGAGACCUUGUCUGUUGUUGACAGCUACGUGACCAGCACAUAGCAUGGAUCUGAUGGAUGGUGACAGUUCUACAACAGAUGCUUCUCAAUUAGGAAUCUCUGCAGACUAUAUUGGAGGAAGUCAUUAUGUUAUACAGCCUCAUGAUGAUACUGAAGACAGCAUGAAUGAUCAUGAAGACACAAAUGGUUCAAAGGAAAGUUUCAGAGAACAAGAUAUAUAUCUUCCAAUAGCAAACGUGGCUAGGAUAAUGAAAAAUGCCAUACCUCAAACAGGAAAGAUUGCAAAAGAUGCCAAAGAAUGUGUUCAAGAAUGUGUAAGUGAGUUCAUCAGUUUUAUAACAUCUGAAGCAAGUGAAAGGUGCCAUCAAGAGAAACGGAAAACAAUCAAUGGAGAGGACAUUCUCUUUGCCAUGUCUACCUUAGGCUUUGACAGUUAUGUGGAACCUCUGAAAUUAUACCUUCAGAAAUUCAGAGAGGCUAUGAAAGGAGAAAAGGGAAUUGGUGGAGCAGUCACAGCUACAGAUGGAUUAAGUGAAGAGCUUACAGAGGAAGCAUUUACUAACCAGUUACCAGCUGGCUUAAUAACCACAGAUGGUCAACAACAAAAUGUUAUGGUUUACACAACAUCAUAUCAACAGAUUUCUGGUGUUCAACAAAUUCAGUUUUCAUGAUCUGAAGAAAUGAUGGAAUGGGGAUUGUAGAGAAAUGAGAGUGUAUGAUUCUGGAACAGAGACAUCAGAAGGAAGUGACUGGUGACAAGAUGUAUCUUUGUAUAUUAAAUAGCUGUAAUGUAGCUUCCUGAUGCUUGACUAAUUGAGGUGUUAAUUCCGACUUGAGAAUCUUUUUCAUGAGUGAUUUUAAAGAAAAAUUUGGAUUUUAAAGGUAUUAAAAUAUUUUUGUUUUGUACAAGAGUUUGUUGCUCUGUAUGACUCCUGUAUGCAUUGUAUAUUGCAAUUUAUUACUGUCAGAGAUUUGUAGACAGUUUCUUAUUUUCAUAUUGAAUCAUGUUACUUUUGUAAUUCAAGUAAGCAGCUGGGUUAAUUCAUGAUGUUUGCCCUUUUAAUAAAAUAUAAGGGUAGAGUUCAUUUUGAAUGCAAGUUGCCUUUAUUAUAAAUUUGAGUUUGUCUUGGUUAUACCUUGCAUGAUAACCUAGCUAGAUUUCUAGCAUUUGCUGUAUUUAUUAAAAUUACUAUUUUUUUGGGUAAAACA